AUGCUGUCCUCUCUCGUCCUCGCCGCCGUCGCGCUGAUCCCGCGGGUCUUCGCCGCGCCGCCGGUCACGGCCCCCCGGCUCGGUGACCUGCUGCACGGCAGCGAGAACGCGAUCCAGGCCCGGCAGGGCGGCUACUUCUGGUCCUCGUGGUCCGAGGGUGGCGGCUCGUUCCGCUGCAAUAACGGCGCAGGCAGCGCCUACAGCGUCACCUGGCAGAGCAGCGGCGGGGCCAGCGGCUUCGUGUGCGGCAAGGGGUGGAGCCCCGGAGGCAACAGGGCGGUCAAGUACUCGGGCACGUACGCGCCCCAGGGGCCCAGCUACCUGGCGGUGUACGGGUGGACGCGCAACCCGCUGAUCGAGUACUACGUGGUGGACGCGCACGGCGAUCUGCUCCCGAACGAGCCCUGGACGGCCAAGGGCAACUUCACCUCCGACGAGGGCACCUACCUUGUGUACACCAGCACCCGCGUCAACAAACCCUCCAUCAUCGGCACCACCACCUUCCAGCAGUACUGGUCCGUCCGCACCGAGCAGCGCGUCGGCGGCACCAUCACCACCGGCCGCCACUUCGACGAGUGGGCCAAGCUCGGCAUGCGGCUCGGCUACCACGACUACAUGAUCCUUGCCACAGAGGGGUAUACCAGCGGGUCGAUCACAAGCAAUGGGACUGCCUCUAUCACUUUGGGUUGAGAGAGGACUAUCCCUACACUAUAUCAGGUACCUAGUCCACCG